AUGGCGGACCAACCUGCAGGUUGCACAAAAAUGGAGCAUUCCGCCGAAGACGACAACAAACAGCGGAUGGAAGCUACCGUAACCUACCCAAGAAAAGUCCGGGUCAUAGUCUCCGACCCUCACGCCACAGAUUCAUCAUCGGACGAAGGUGGAGCCAGAGAGAACAACGACGACGGUGAAGCGUCAAAGCGGAGGGGUUCCAUGGAUCAAAAGGAGAACGAAAGGAAAUGGGGUAAGUUGUGUUCUGAAAUCCGUGACCCGUUUAAUAAAAAGUGGGUCUGGUUCGGCACCUUUGACACCGCUGAGAAAUCACUGAAAGCUUACAACAAAAAGAAAGAGAAGUUUCGUGCUGGACAAGCGGCUGAAAACCAGCAGGUGACUCCAGUUUCCAAGGGAGUUCGCAAAGGGAAAAAGGUGGCGAAGCUUGAUGAUGACCCGACCCGGAAACAGUGCAAGGGAGUUCGAAAGACUGAAUCGGGUAGAUGGAGUGCGAAAAUUCGUGACCCAGUUAAGAAAUCACAAGUUUGGGUAGGUACAUUUGAUACCAAAGAAGAGGCUUCAGAAGCAAUUGAAUCAAAGAAGGUGGAAUUCGGGUCCAAGAGGACCCUAUCCAAUGUCGAAAGUGGGUCAUCUUUGAAGACCCCAAAGACUGAGACUUAA